AUGUCUGCUCGCGGAAAGGGUUCGAAGAUUCGGCCAAAAGCCCAUAAAAAUCGCUCUGCGAGGGCCGGUUUACAGUUUCCAGUAGGUCGCGUGCAUAGGCUCUUGCGCAAGGGCAAUUAUGCAGAACGCAUCGGUUCAGGAGCACCGGUUUAUUUGGCUGCCGUUAUGGAGUACUUGACCGCUGAGGUCCUGGAGCUUGCCGGCAACGCAGCCCGAGAUAACAAGAAGACGCGGAUAAUCCCGCGGCAUCUUCAGCUGGCUAUACGCAAUGACGAGGAACUCAAUGAACUUCUCGGCAGCGUAACAAUCGCCCAGGGAGGUGUCCUCCCCAAUAUACAUAACGCUUUGUUACGAAAGAAGACUGGAACUGUUCCAGAAAAGAAGACUCAAUCCCAGGAAUACUGA